AGCAGCUCCAUGGCCAUGGCUUCCAGAGCCAUCUCUUUCUUUCCACAUCUCUCUAUCUCUCCACCUCGCCAUUCCUUCACUCCCAUUUACCUACCUUCUUCUCAUCGUUUCCUCACUUUCUCUCCCAGACCAAUAAUUCAAAUCCAAUGCGCCACCAAAGACAACAAGGAAGCAACACCACCCGCAUCAGCACCACCGACGCAGAGCUUCGAUCCCAAGAAAGGAGUGGCGCUUUACAAGCCUAAGUCAUACGAUGUUCUCGUAACGGAUGCCGCUAACUCUCUUGCUUAUGCUAUUCAAGAUGGCCAAACCCGUCUCGAGAUUGAUUUCCCGUACGUUUUCUAUCAUUCUCUUAAUUUAAGAUUUGUUUCUUUUUUGUUUGGGUUUUUGAGGCUUACAAAAACUUUUUCCCGGAUUCCCAUUUGCCCUUUAGUUAUCGAAAGCUAUCCCAUUUUUGCUGACUACGUAAUAAGUUCAAUGUGACAAACAGGCCGGUCC